AUGGAUCCCGCCACCCACACCGACGACGAUGUCAAGGGCUCGUCCCCGGCGAGUGAAGCCGCCUCCGUCCUUCCCGGCCAAGUAGAUGGCGUCCUGGAAGUCGCGCGCGAGAACAAACGGCAGAUUGGCGUCACCUCGGCCUCUCUCCUCAUCCUCAACCGCAUCAUCGGCACCGGCAUCUUCGCCACCCCGGGCACCAUCCUCGCCCUCUCCGGCAGCGUCGGCCUCUCCCUCCUGAUGUGGAUUGCCGGCGCCGUCAUCGCCGCCGCCGGCACCGCCGUCUACAUGGAGCUCGGCACCGGCCUGCCCAAGAACGGCGGCGAGAAGAACUACCUCGAGUACGUCUACCGGAAGCCCAAGUUCCUCACCACGGGCCUGUACACGGGCUACGUCAUCCUCCUCGGCUGGGCCGCCGGCAACGCCGUCAUGUUCGGCGAGUACAUCCUCCACGCCGCCCGCGUCGAGGUCACCGAGUGGAACAAGCGCGGCAUCGCCCUCGCCUGCUUGACCACGGCCUUUCUCAUCCACGGCACCGCCCUGAAGUGGGGCAUCCGUCUGCAGAACGUGCUCGGCAUCCUCAAGAUCCUCGUCAUCGUCCUCAUCAUCAUCGCGCCGCUCGUCAACCUCCCCAAGGUGCGCGAGAUCGACGGCUUCAACGACGCCUUUGCCGGCACCACCGGCAGCGCCUACGGCGUCGUCACGGCCCUCUACAACGUCAUCUGGAGCUUCGUCGGCUACAGCAACGCCAACUACGCCCUGAGCGAGACGAGGAACCCCGCCCGCACCCUCAAGAUCGCCGCGCCCCUGGCCCUCGGCGGCAUCACCAUCCUCUACAUGCUCGCCAACGUCUCCUACUUUGCCGGCGUCUCGAGGGAGGAGAUCCUCGAGUCCAAGCGCCUCGUCGCCGCCUCUCUCUUCCGCAACAUGUUUGGAGAGUCGGCUGAGCGGGCCAUGUCCGUCUUCGUCGCCCUCUCGGCCUUUGGAAAUGUCCUGAGCGUCAUCUUCUCCCAGGGUCGUCUCGUCCAGGAGCUCGGUCGCGAGGGCAUCCUGCCCUUUUCCCGAUUCUGGGCCAGCAACCGGCCCUUCAACGCGCCCCUGGCCGGUCUUUUCGAGCACUACAUCGUCACCGUCAUCACCAUCGUCGCCCCUCCGGCUGGAGAUGCCUACAACUUUGUCCUCAACCUCAUCUCGUACCCGCUCGCCAUCAUCAACGUCUUCGUCGCCGGCGCUCUCAUACACCUGUACCGCCAUCGCGAUGCCUGGAACUGGAACCCGCCGCUCAAGGCCUCCCUCCCCGUCGCCGUCUUCUUCCUCCUCAGCAACGUCUAUCUCGUCGUCGCACCCUUUGUGCCCCCCGAGAAAGGCCAGAGCGUGUACGAGACGCUGCCGUACUGGAUCCACUGCGUCGUCGGCUUCGGCGUCAUCUUCGCCGGCGGCCUGUACUGGCUCGUCUGGGCCAAGAUCCUACCCAAGAUCUUCCGCUACGAGCUCGUUCGGGAGACGACGGUGGACGAGAUGGAUGGCUGGGAGCGCACCCAGUUUUAUACCCGUCCUCUGGGGACAAAGUCCGACGACGAGUCAGGCUCGGAAUAG